GUCAGCACUCGUCAAAGUGUAAACAAACUUAUACCUUUUAGUAAAUUUAAAAAAGGACAAUUAAUCUUUCCGUGGUUCAAAUAUGUUUCCUGUGAGUUCUCAAAAAAAGCAUUGGUUGUUCACCGAUGAAAAAGAAAUUGCUCAACUGCGUGAACAGGCGAAUGCCGCUUAUAUUGUUAAACAUGGAUCUCACAUGACAAAAGAGAAGAGAGAAAAUCAUUUCUUAUCAUGUCAGGAGGAGGAAAGUUUACUCAGGUAUUGGGAAAUAUCUAUGAAAAAAUUUUGCAAAAACUUCAAUCCACCUAUGCCAAAAGCUACAGCAGCCACAUCGUUACACUAUUUUAAAAGAUUUUACCUGCGAAACAGUGUAAUGGAUUAUCAUCCUAAAUAUAUAAUGGUUACCUGUAUUUACUUAGCGUGUAAGGUAGAAGAAUUUAAUGUUUCAAUUGUACAAUUUGUCGCCAAUGUAAAUGGAGAUAAAGAAAAGUGUUGCAACAUAAUUAUAAACAAUGAACUUUUGUUGAUGCAACAAUUAGAUUAUCAUUUAACUAUUCACAACCCGUUUAGACCUGUGGAAGGAUUUCUCAUAGAUAUUAGGACAAGAUUUCCUUCUUUGGAAAAUCCAGAUGAUUUAAGGCCACUCAUAGAUGAGUUCCUUGAAAAAGUAUUUUCCACUGACGCAGUUUUAAUCUAUGCUCCUAGCCAAAUUGCAUUAGCCGCAAUCUUACAUGCUGCAUCAUCGACAAAAGCCAAUUUAGAUUCUUAUGUGACAGACUUACUUCUAUCCAGAGAACAAUUGAAAAACAUUGUUGCAGCUGUUAAAGAAAUUCGAAUGAUGGUAAAAGGUAUACCAGCAACUAUAUCAGUUGAAACUAUGAAAUUAUUGGAAAAGAAAUUGGAAAAAUGCAAAAAUCCAGAGAAUGACCCUGACAGUGAUAUAUAUAAACAACGCAUGGAAGAAAUGAUAGAUGAGGACGACAUUUCUAAUAAUAAAACAUAUGCUAAACUUACACACUCACAAAGUGAGUGUAGUAAUGAUAAAAUUCUAGAUCAAAUUUUUGACCAAAGUAUAUGUAAUUAAUAAAAAAAUUAUAUUGGUCAAUAAAAAGUACAUGAAAAAUCAAUCAUGUUUUAAGUUGACGAAUGUUAGAUAAUGAUAUUUGUUAUUAGGUGUUUACAAAUUCAAAUUGAACAUACAAUAAGACUUUCAUUAAAAAAUAUCA